GACGUGAUGACUAAUAUCACGUGAUGUAUCUAUCUUCGUGAUAAAGUUAUGUAGAUCAUCACCAUGACAACCAGAUCACGUGUCGUUAAGUCAGUAGGACUUUGAGAUUAUUUAGGCAGAUAUUUGAUUUGUACAAUCAUCGUGCAACUACCAGGGUCAAUUCUCGAAAUCUUUUAUAUUGGACAGUGCUAUUGUAUAUAUACCUCUUUUGGGACACUGUAUACAAAGUGUAACAGCGGGUUUUGAAGAUAACCGACAAUGGGUCAACUGUUCUAAGUGUUGCUGUCACUAUAUCUGUACGCGGAUGUUGUGUGAUCCUCGUAGACUGUGAUAUGUGACAUCUGUGACAUCUGUGAGAGGGAUACGGAUAAUCUGAGGACGCCAAGGCCGCCACAUCGACGUCAUGUCGCAGCACUAUAGUGGUAAGACGACUUACUCUGGGACUUAUUGUGUGAGAGAGUAUCAAGCUGAGCUCCGGGCCAUUUUGGAUUCGCCGCCGAGUUAUGAAGAACUCUUUGGUACGGAACACAAAGUUGACACCCCGCCUUCGUCGCCAAUGGUUACGGAAGCAGUAAACGAGCUGCGUGCAGAAGAGGAAGCCGAACGUCAACGUUUACGUUGCAACCAGAACCGUUACAUGGUGUCUGAAACUCGCGCAAAUCCCCCCGAGGCACCCCAUUUUCUAUCCCCCGAUUUACGGCCAUGGAUGAGAUCAAGGAACGACUUUGGUCAGCUGCCACGGAGAGAAAGAGAUUCGAACUCGGAACCUUCACUCAGAGAUAUAUUGAUAACGACUGGUCGGGGAAACAGGCGCGCAACUGAGCCCACUGGCCGCCAUUUGAGACUUUAUGCUCAGGAAAUGGCGUUAUACCCCGAGAGGCGGGUAAGGUCAAGGCCGAAGACACAACGAAGUGAUAGCUGCAUUGUUAACUGACGUCAGUCUGGGUUGGUUUCGUAUUGCUGUUGUUUUCGUGUUAUGAAGGGUAUUAUUUAAACAAGGAACAACUACAGAACGAUAUUACCAGAGAUCUUACACUAUUUGAUGUUCAAAUGUUUUCACAACCCGUUUAUCGGAUACCAUUUGUUGCGCGUUGAGCAUAUACAUGAGUUAAUUGCUAGACAAGCAUCCUUAUUUAUUGUUAUACUUAUUAUUGAAAUUUAUUUCCAUAUUGAAAAAUCACCUUUUCAUACAGAAGAAUGAUUCUGGUGGAUAAUAAAAGAAGAAAAAUUC